AUGUUCGGUAUGAAUCAUUAAAUGAAUAGAAGUUUUAAUGAGAAUGAUGAAACGUAAACUUUGGAAGAGGAAAUAAUGGAGGAUUAUUCUCCUACAAAAUAAGGUUUAAUUAUUGUAAUAUUUAGAAAUUCGUGAAUAUGCAAUUCAUUUGGGAAUGAAUUUACCUGAAGAUAAUUAAUAUUUGGAUAUUGCAAAGGCUGGUUUAAAAGCAAAAUUACCAGAGGAAUGGAAGAUUUGUUCAAAGAAGAUAAAUGGAGAAGAGUAAGUUUUCUAUAAAAACAGGGAAACAUAAGAAAUAAUUUUUGAUCAUCCUUGUGAUGUAAUAUAUGCAAAAAAGUAUAUGGAGGCAAAAUAGAUUGAUACUUAAAAUUAGAAAAAAAAAGUAUUUAGAAUAUUUAUUUGAGAAAUCAACAGGGAUUAAUAAGUUUAAAAAGGAUAUAGAAAAGUAUAGAGAACCAAAUUAUUUGGAUGGAAAUGAAGAAGCUGAAUCAUUUAUGAUGGAUUCUAAUUUAUAUUACGAUAACCGAUAGAAUUAAGGUUAUGUGUUGUAAAAUCCAAUUUAAACAACAGCAACAUAAAAUUUAUUAUCUUAAGUGGAUUAAGAAUUUGCUAAAUAAGCAUAAGAUUAUGAAGAGGAGAAAAAGAAGGAUGUUAUUAAGUUAAAAGAGGAAAAUAAAUAAAAAUUGAAUAAAAUGGAAUUGAUGUUAAUGAAUGAAGCAGAUCCAGAAUUAUUUGAAUUAAAAGAAGAAUAUGAAAAAUAAAAGGAAAAUUUAAAUAGGAGUGAAGAAGAGAAAAAAAAGAAAGUUAAAAGAAAGGUAGAAGAUGAUAUGGAAUAGAAUAUAUUAAAUUAAAAGAAUUAAAUGGCUAAAUAAUUAGAACGUAAUUUAGAGAAUUAUGAAUAUGAAUAAGAAAAAACUAUGAAAAAUAAAUUAAGAUUUUUGGAAUAAGAACUUUAAGGAUAAUAAAAAGAUAUUAUUAAAAGAAUUAAUUAAAGAUAGAAAGAACUUUCUGAUUCUGAUUCUAAAUGGAUGAAAUAAAUGUAAGAGAAAAAAAAGAAUGUGGAAAAUUAAUUAAAUAAAUAUAAAAAAGAAUUUACUUAAGAAAUAUAUACUAAGAUGUAAUAAAUAGAAUAAGAAAAUAUUAAAAAGUUAAGAUAAGAAUAGGAGACAAUAAAAAGAAAAUUGAUGACUGAAUUUGAUUAAACUAAAAGAGAGUAUAAAUUUGAAAUAAUAGAUUUAUAAGAAGAAAAUUAGAGAAUGGUUAGAUCAAUUAAAGAUGAAAUGAAGAGUUAAUAUGAUCCUAAAUUUAAUUAGAUUUAAUAAGAAUUUAGUGAUUAAUUAUAAAAUAUUGAAUUGAGUGAAUCUAAAAUGUUAUAAUCUUAAAUUUAUGAUUAUAGAAAAUUAGAUAUUGAAUAAAGAAAGUAAGAAAAUAUAAAGAAGAUUACUCAAUAGAAGGAUAAAUUAUCAUAACAAAUAUAAACAAAAUUAAUUAAUUGUGAAAGAUAAAUAUUCGAUUAAUAUUAAGAAAUGAAAAAAAAGUUAGAAGAAACAUAAAGAUAAAAAUUAGAGAAAAUAUAAAAAGAUUAUGAAAAAAAAACAGGUAAAAUUUUAGGAAAUGGAAAAGAAAUAGAUUUAUGUAUGGAAAUAAAUUAAACAAAAAGUCUAAUACAUGAAUUGAAAGAAGAAAUAAAAUAGUAUAAAAGAAAAAAGAUGGAAUCUGAAGAGAAAUUAACAAGUAUGAAUAUAGUUGUUUCAAAAUAUGAUUUAUAAAAUGAAUUAAAAUAAAAAGAAGUAAUUAAAUUUGAAUUAGAUCGUUUACAAUAUUUAGUUGAAUAAUAUAAGUAAGAUGAUAAAGUAGCAGAUAAAGAAUUAGAAUUACUAGAACACAAUUAUUAGGAAAUGAUAAGAAAACAUUAAGAAUUUUAAUAGAGAUAAUAAACUAUGUAAAAUAUGAUUCAAAGUGUUAAUGAAUUAAGAGAAUAAUUGGUAGCAAAUUAAAAUUAAAGCAAUGAUAAUUCAAAGUUUUAAAGCAAUCUAUUUAGAUAAACAGGACCUAAGAAUUUUGGAACUGAGAUAAAUAUUUAAAAUAAUCUGUCUAUGAAUUAAAGUGUUGUAAUUGAAGAGAAUGCAGUAUAAAUGUAAACAAUUUUUAUUAGAUUUAGGCGUAAAUGGAAAUUAAUUCUUUUAGAUGAAAGAGUAGCUUUAAAUAGAGAAUAAUAAUUAUACAAAACAGAUAAAGAAAAAAUAAAGUAGAUGAGAAGAAAAUUAUUAAUAGAUUCUGAAUAAUUAAGAUCAUAAAUAGGGAUGUCUUAAUAGUUCGAUUAAAAUGAUAUGAAAAAUAAUUUAAUAAAGAAACUUAAAUCAGAAAUCAGAGAAUAAUAGCUAAAAAUUGCAGAUGAUACUGAGAAAUCUAAUAAUUGGAGAUAAACUUUAAAAUAGAAAUCUAAAAUAUUAGAUUAAAUGGAAUUAAAUAUAAAUGAUACUAAUCCUUAACCUGAAUUAUUACAUUCUUUAGAAUAAUUAUACCUACUUUACAGUAAAAUAGGGGAAAUGGAACUGGAACUUGGUGAUGAAAUUGAAGAAUAAUAAAUCUCGAAAAAUAACGAAAGUUAUUUUAAUUAAAUAAAUAUUGUAUAAUAAGAACCAUCAUAAUAAUAAGAAACAUAGUAAUAGUAUUUUGAUACAGUUAUACAAUUAGAUGGAUCAAAAUUAUUCAAUUUUGAGUAGCCAGAAAAAUUUACUAAGUAUAGAAUGCAAUUAAUACAACAAAAAGAAUGGUUUUAAAAUUAUAAAUAUAGGGUAAUUAUUAAAUUGAUAAUUUAGGUCCUUGCUACUAAUCCUUAUAAUAUAGAUUCGAGAGAAAGAUUUUAAAGAUAUUAAUAGUUUCUACAUUGCCAAGUUUGA